GUCGCUGUCAUCGCUACCGUCUCCCCCCUGCAGCCUAAGGCACGAAAACACCAAAGUGAGAUGAACAUGCGAAUACUGCUAACUGAGCAGUGGGCAAGCCUGCACAAAAUAUUCAAGUACCAGCCCCUGGACUACGUAAGGCUCUACUUCGGCGAAUCUGUGGGGCUUUACUUUGCCUGGCUUGGCCUAUACACUUCCUGGCUCAUCCCCAUUGGCAUAUUUGGACUGAUAAUCUUCUGUCUCGGAGCGAUCGAUAUUAUGGACGACACGCAAAUGUACGUGCCCUGCUGCACCUCUUAA